GAGCAUCCGGCUGGACCAGACGGUGGCCGAACUGAAGAAGCAGCUGAGGACGGUGGUGCAGCUGUCCACCAACAACAUGCGCCUCUACUACAUCGACAAGGAGGAUGGUCAAAUCAAGCAUUCAAGUUGUCUUUACUUACAUUGUCUGCCUGCUGUCUCCAAGAGCUCUUUCUCAGAGUAUCCUGUACCCUUUUGGACAGGCUUAUGGAGAUUUCGAAACUGCUAAGAUGGAUGAUGGAAGCUCCCCAGAAGUGAAUCUCCUCUUGCCAUUCAUCUUCUUCAGUGUUCCUUAUCGCUCAAUAUUUGUGAACAACAAUGGGGUCAUCUCCUUCAAUGUCCAGGUCAACCAGUUCACACCUGAGGCCUUCCCACUCACUGACAGCCGUUCCUUUAUUGCGCCCUUUUGGGCGGACGUGCACAACGGCAUUCGCGGUGAUGUGUAUUACCGUGAGAGCAUCGACCCCCAACUCCUGGAGAGGGCCACCCAAGACAUCCGCAAGUAUUUCAAGGCCAUGACCACCUUCAGUGCCACGUGGCUCUUCAUCGCCACUUGGCAUCAGGUCACAUUUUAUGGUGGCAGCCAGACCACACCAGUGAACACAUUUCAGGCUAUACUCAUUUCUGACGGUCUUUCCUACUUUACCAUGUUUAACUAUGGUGAGAUUGCCUGGAGUACAGGCACUGCCAGCGGUGGGGACCCUCUCACAGGUUUGGGAGGUACCACAGCACAGGCAGGUUUUAACGGUGGGGACAUCAGCCGCUUCUUCAACCUGCCAGGAUCACGUUCAAAUGAAAUUGUCAACAUUGAGCAGACCACUAAUGUCAACCAGCCUGGACGAUGGCUCUUCCGAGUUGACGGUGACCUUAUAGACCCAGCCAACGGGUGCAGUUAUAACGGGAGGUUCUUCCGGCGUGGGGAAGUGUUUUGGUUAUCUGACCAAUGCUCUCAGAGGUGCCGCUGCUUGGAUUUAGACAAUGAGGUCAUGUGUCAGGAAGCGCCGUGUGGACAGCUUGAAACCUGCGAGCAACAAGAAGGGGCGUACCACUGCCAACCCACCCGCACCAGUACCUGUGUGGUGUUUGGUGACCCCCACUACCACACCUUCGAUGGCUUCCUCUAUCACUUCCAGGGUACAUGCUCUUACCUGUUGGCGCGGCCCUGCUGGGAGACUCCGGGAUUGCCGUCCUUCAGUGUGGAGGCCAAAAACGAGAACCGUGGCGUUGCCUCGGUUUCUUGGCUGCGUGACAUAACAGUGGAGAUGUAUGGUCACCGUGUCACCUUGCUCAGGAAUAGCCAAGGCUCAGUGCAGGUGGACGGUUUGAUGAAGACCCUCCCCGUGCAGCUGCAGCUGGGGGCUGUCCGGGUCUAUCAGUCCGGAGUGGCUGUAGCUGUGGAAACAGACUUCGGGCUGCUCGUGACCUACGACGGCCAGCACUAUGCUUCCAUCUCCUUGCCCAGCUCCUACUUCAACAAUACUUGCGGCUUGUGCGGCAACUACAACGAUGAUCCGGCCGACGACCCCGUCCUGCCCGACGGCUCUCUGGCGGAGAGUGUGGUGGAGCUGGGGGGCAGCUGGCAGGUAGAGGACGCCGACUGGCGUUGUACAGACGGCUGCACCCACAACUGCAGCGUCUGUGACCCGGCCAUCGAGUCCUUCUACUUUCGUUCUGACUACUGCGGCAUCAUCAAUAAGACGGACGGGCCCUUUCGGGACUGUCGGGCAGUAGUGGACCCCACUGCCUUUGUGUACAGCUGUGUCUAUGACAUGUGCAGCAACCGGGACAACAUCACCACCCUGUGCCAGGCCAUCCAGGCGUACGCUUUGGCCUGCCAGGCCCUGGGCGUCACCAUCCGCACCUGGAGGUCCCGGACCUUCUGUGCCCUGCCAUGCCCUGAGUUCAGCCACUAUCAGGUAUGCACCAGCAGCUGCCCUUCCUCCUGCUCGGAUCUGACUUCUCACCUAUACUGCGCCCACCCCUGCACCGAGGGAUGCCAGUGUGACGACGGCUAUGUGCUGAGCGGAAGCCGCUGCGUGAGGAGCGAGGACUGCGGCUGCGAGCGCGAUGGACUCUACUACCUUCGAAAUGAAUCCUUCUGGGUGGCCGACAGCAACGGGGGCAGCGACUGCUCUCAGUACUGCACCUGCGGCCCGGACGGUGAGAUCUCCUGCGUCAACGACUCCUGCACGGAAGGUGAGAUCUGCACGGCCGAGCUGGGCCGGCUGGGCUGUUACCCUCGUCGGGAGGGCGUGUGCUCGGUCUCCCAGAACCAAGUGCUGUCCACCUUCGACGGCGCCACCCUCACGUUCCCCAACGAGAACUCCUACUUCCUGCUAAAACCUUGUGGAGCUUUGCCCCCCAAUGUUUCGGCUGUGGAGGUCAAGAUCGGCCGGAAGUUGAUGAACAAGGGCCCCACGUGGGUGCGACCGAUUAUGGCCCGAGUAGUGAACUUGGAAGCACAGCUGGGUGGCUCCGAUUUUGAUGUUGUCAAGGUGAAUGGGGAGCUUGUACCGUUACCCUACGUGCAUCCUAUGGAAACCCUAGUGAUAUACCGUGCCCCAGGUAAUGCUACUGUGGCGGAGUGGACAGGCAUGGUGAAGGUGCGCUACACCCGUCAAGGCUUUCUCAACAUCACACUUUCCACACUGUACUACAACGCAACCUGCGGACUGUGCGGCUACUUUAACGGCAACGCCACCGACGACCUCCGGCUGCCCAACAGCCGGCUGGCGGAGAGCGCCGAGCUCUUCACCGAAGGCUGGCGGGCCAUCGCCGAUGACCUGACGUGCAACGGCGAUUGCGAGGACCUGUACCGCAUGUGCGUGGACCUGCGUCUCUAUCAGAGCCCUUGGCUUUGCGGUACCAUCAACGAUCCCAAUAACAGCACAUUCCUGGCCUGCCACGAUGCCGUCAACCCGUCCCCCUUUUUCCGCAACUGCUUAUACAACAUGUGCAUUCGUGAGGGCAACCGCUCUGCACUCUGCUCCUCCCUGCAAGCCUAUGCAUCUGCCUGCCAAGACGCCCAGAUCAACCUGGGACCAUGGAGGAGUGCCACCAACUGCCCCCUGCCUUGCCCCGAGAAUAGCCACUUUGAGGAGUGUACCAGUGCCUGCCCUCUCACCUGCACUAGCAUUGGGUUGGAUGGUCCUUGUCCCCUACCUUGCUCUGAGGGCUGCCAGUGUGAAGAGGGCUUUGUGCUGAAGGAUGGCCAGUGCAUUCACAAGAGCGACUGUGGCUGCCUGCACCGUGGUCGACAGCUGGCUACCAAUGAGACUUUCUGGACGGACUGGGAGUGCCAAGAGCGCUGCUUCUGCAACGGUGCCGACAACCGGGUCUAUUGCCAGAUUGCCCCAUGCCACUCCGAGGAGUUCUGCCAAGAAGACUCCGGACUCUACUUCUGCCAACCGCGCACUGAGGCUGUGUGCAUUGCUGCAGGAUACAGUCACUUUCUGCCAUUCACUGGCCUCCCCUUUGAGCUUCAGACCAGCUGCUCUCUCCGUCUUGUGACCACUAGCUGUGGCAGGGAUGGGGAUGAGUCUAGAGAAGAGGACAACAACAAUGGCUUCCCACCAUUCCAGCUGUUGGCAAGAAAUGAGGAUCGGGACACAGGACAAGCAAUUUGGGUUCAAGGCUUUGUCCUCGAAGUGUAUGACUAUGAGAUUGAGAUCUCGAGGAAUUACAAAAAUACUGUUGUGGUGAACAAGGAGCGUCUGUACCUACCACUGAAGUUGGGACCUGGGAAAGUCAACAUAUUCACUUUUGGGCUGCAGGUAGUGUUAGAGACAGACUUUGGGAUGAAGGUGGCAUUCGACUGGAGCACACUGCUCUUGUUGACUCUCCCACGCAAUCUCUACAAUUCCACUUGUGGGCUCUGCCAGGGCCUGCCCACAGGGUCCUACCCUAGCAUCAUGGAGUGGGGCAAGACUUGGGCUGAGCGAGAUGCUUUCUGUCAAGUUGGCUGCAAGGAUGCCUGUCCCCGUUGUGGCUUGCUUGAACGUGGAAUAGCUUCAGACAAUGGCCUGCUAGCUGACAAUAACAAUGGAAAUGUCAAUGCCAACAGCAAUGCCAAUAGCAAUGCCAACAGCAAUGGCAAUAGCAAUGCCUAUAGCAAUGCAAAUAGCAAUGCCAACAGCAAUGGAAAUUAUAACUAUGGCAGUUACAGCCUUAGCAAUCCGAACUCCCGCUUCCAUUUGGGAGAUGGUCUUUAUAGCUACGUAGAGCCAGAGGCUGUGCGACUGUGCGGCCGGAUCAUCGACAGGAGCGGCGUGUUCUCCCGCUGUCACAGCAAGGUGGCUCCUGCUUAUUUCUACCAGAGCUGCCUGCAGGACACCUGUUUGGAUCAGGGGGCACCGGAAACAAUUUGCAACUGGCUGCAGAUCUACGCUAGCACCUGUCAGACGCAAGGUGUCGCAUUGAUUGGCUGGAGGAAUUUCACUCCUUGCACCCUUACCUGCCCGAUGAAUAGUCACUACUCCAGCUGCAUGUCUGUGUGCCAGCCCCAGUGUGCCCCAGGCCGUGGGCAGCGCGACUGCAACCACUACUGUGUGGAAGGGUGCCAGUGUGACCAGGGCUAUGUGAUUAAUGGAAAGAGCUGCAUCCUCAGUCAGAACUGUGGCUGCUAUACUGAUGGCAAGUACUAUGAGCCGAAGCAGCUCUUCUGGAACAGUGACUGCAACAAGCGAUGCCAGUGCAUCGGGCGCAAUCUGAUCCAGUGCGACCCCCGCCGCUGCAAGGCUGAGGAGGAGUGCGCACUGCGGCACGGCGUGAGAGGCUGCUUCCCCCGGCGCAGCCGGCACUGCUUAGCCUCGGGGGGUGGCGUCUUCCGUACCUUCGACGGAGCCUCGCUCCGUCUGCCGGCCUCCUGCUCUUUCGUCCUCUCCACCAUCUGCCACAAGUUGCCGGAGCUCUCCUUCCAGCUCAUUGCCAAUUUCGACAAAUGGACCACACCCAACCUCACCACCAUCUCCCACGUCUAUCUCUAUAUCAACGAGGAGAGCAUUCUCAUCUCUGGAAAUACUGUCAAGGUGAAUGGUACGCCAGUCUCCGUUCCCUUUGUCACUGGUCUGAUGACCAGGGUGUCCACGUCGGAGGGUUUCCUAGUCAUCGACACUGUGCAGGACAUCCAGGUGCGCUACAAUCGCUUCAACACACUGAGCAUCACCAUGGGCCCAAGGCUGCAGAACAAGGUCUGUGGCCUCUGUGGAAACUUCAACGGGGAUCCCACAGAUGAUUACAUCACUUCCCGAGGAAAGGCGGCACUCAGUGCCCUCGAGCUAGCCCAGAGCUGGAAGACGAACGGCAUGCAAAACAGCUGCGAUGAGACUCAGUAUGUGGCCCUGGCACAGUCGUGUGACAACAGCGCUGUUUCAGAGCUGCAGAGCGAAGACGCCUGCCUGAAACUCACCCAGAUGAAAGGCUUCUUCCAGCCCUGCCAUGGUUUGCUGGACCCCAGGCCUUUCUACCAGUCCUGUUACCUGGAUGGUUGCUAUAACCAUCGCAAGGCGCAGGUGUGCGGCUCGCUGGCUGCGUACGCUGAGGCCUGCCGCUCCUUCGGCACCCUCAGCACCAAGUGGAUCACUCAGGAGAACUGCUCAGAAUGGAUCUAUGACCCCUGUGCUGGAGAGACCUGUUCUAACAACACCUGUGAACAAGAAAAUGGAGGAGACCUUUGUGGCUGUCCAGAGCUGCCCAUGACUGAGACCGCUGAUGACGACGUCAUUCAAGCAGAGGUUACCUGCAAGCAUGCUCAGAUGGAGGUGUCCAUCUCUAAGUGCAAACUGUUCCAACUGGGCUUUGAGCGAGAGGAUGUGCGAAUCAAUGAUCAGCAAUGUCCGGGAAUUGAGGGAGAGGAUUUUAUCUCCUUCCACAUAAACAAUACCAAGGGCCAUUGUGGUUCCAUUGUGCAGUCGAAUGGCACUCACAUAAUGUAUAAGAACACCGUGUGGAUUGAGAGUGUCAACAACACAGGUAAUGUCAUCACACGGGAUAAGACAAUCAAUGUGGAAUUCUCCUGCGCCUAUGAAUUGGAUAUAAAAAUAUCCCUUGAGACGGUACUCAAGCCCAUGCUGAGUGUGAUAAACCUGACCUUACCCACUCAGGAGGGCAACUUCAUCACCAAGAUGGCCCUGUAUAAGAAUGCAUCUUACCGCAACCCUUAUCGUGAGGGUGAAGUAGUUCUCAGCACGCGGGAUGUCCUGUUCGUGGGGGUCUUUGUAGAGGGAGCAGAUAAGAACCAGCUCAUCCUUAUUGUCAACAUGUGCUGGGCCACACCAUCCAGAUACAGCAGCGAUCGUCUUCGCUACAUCAUCAUUGAGAAAGGAUGUCCAAACAUCAAGGACAACACCAUCGGUAUGGCAGAGAAUGGGGUGUCCCUGACGUGCCGCUUCCAUGUAACAGUCUUCAAAUUCAUCGGGGAUUAUGAUGAGGUGCACCUGCAUUGUGACGUCUCGCUCUGCGACUCUGAAACAAACGCCUGUAAAGUGAACUGUCCACACAAAAGGAGGAUGAGCUCAGAAUAUAGCGAACAAAAAGAGCACAUUCUAACCGUGGGACCCAUUAGGAGGAAAGAGUCUGAUUGGUGUGAGGAAAACAAUGGUGGGUGUGGCCAGAUCUGCACCAGCCAGGUGACUGGGGCCGUGUGCAGCUGUGUGACCGGGACGCUGCAGCGUGAUGGGAAGACCUGUUUAGUCGCCAGUUCCAGUGAUGAGCCCCGACCAUUAGUCCUGUUUCUGGUCUUCAGUGCUGCUGCUGGCAGCAUCCUGGUGUCCAUACAUGCCUCCUUCUCCUGAUCUGAGUGGGAUAACAAGAAAGAGAGAGAGUGUGUGCAUGGGAAAGGAGGAGAGCUUCAGGAAGGUUCUCACACCAGAAAAACCAACAGCAGAAUCUACUGGGGUCACAACAUCACAGCUAUAGGUCGUGACACACACUGGCCGUCACCUCUGGACCGAAAAUCAGUGGAAACCUUGGGCCACAGUUUCACUGCAAUAAUGGGAAUGAUAAAAAGCAAAACAGCAAAUACUCAGAAAGAUUAGAAAUGAGAAACAACAGAGUAUUAUGGUAAUAACACAUUUUAGUGAACUAAACCUAUAUAGAAGUGUAAAGUAUUUUGAGCCUGGGUCAGGCAUAGUCGUCUUGUGUCGUCUGCCCUCACAGCACAGCUCAGUUGCCACAGUUGUCUAUGCUUCAUAGCACAUAUGUCCAUGCUCAGACCUAGUCAAAGCAAACAAACUCCCUCAGACGGUUUUGACAUCUGCAGCUGGAUUAUUAGCAGUAUACAGUGUUUAUGGAUUAUUUUUGACAUUUUAAAGUAGCUCUGAACUGAUUUACUCUGGGUUUCUGUAUGAAUCCUACAAAUCUCCAACUGAAAUGUUAAACAGUCCACGUACAAAUAUUUAAUUUUGUAUAAGAUUUUGUAUAACCUCCACAUGGAACCAAAUAAAGCCAAAUGCAGACAGAAGUAGUAUAAAGGGGACUGAUACGGAUAAGGAGACCAUGAAAAAAUAAUCAAAUGUAGCAAGUCAGUUUAGGAUUUGAAGAUCAUUAUUGACAAACGGAGCAUUAAUUAUGAAACUAAACUCAUCUUCAGUAUGUAAUGUUUGUAUGGUAUAAAGGGAAUAUUUUUAAUUGAAAGGGGUCAGUCAAAUAAUGAUGUGAAACAAAUUUCAUUUUAUUUUCAUAGCAUAUAUGAGUUUUACAGUUCUCACAGAGAAGAGGAAUUGAAGUCCCUGUUCUCAAUGUACAAAUGUAUAGUUGGUUUUCUGAUUUGCUUAAAACCAGCAAUUAUGGGAAAUUCCAGAAAAAUAAGGUAAAAAUUAUAUUGUUAUUGUACAACGAUGUAAAAAAAAAACAACAACAAAGCAACUACAUUAGUAAACUUAACAUCAAUGAAUGACAUAAUAUUGUCACUGUAUUGUUUUAGAUGUGGAAAAACCACAUCACAUGUUAUAAAAGCAUUAUACAAGUGUGUCCAUAAUAAAAUGAGUGAUA